CUCUAAAGCCUCAAGUCACCUUCACUUGCAGUUUGUUUGUGGAACUGGGACGGCCUGUUUGUUACCGUUGACUGUUUUAAGCUCUCAAGCGACUGUCUCACCUAGCAGCAUGUCCAACAACAAUCAACUCCAUCGCAAAUACACAACCCAUCACAAUGGCUCUACAUAGGCUGUCCGAUGCAUCGGAAAUGAAUCUACACGAUCUACCCGCCGACCUUGAGCUACAGUUCUCCCCGACAGAAAUGAACAGACCCCUCGGCGCGGUGUCCGCAGCAGACAACGACGAACAAACAGUGGAAGAUUCGCAAGAGACAGUCUUGCCCCUUGACGACCGUCUGCAGACUCUGUACAACACCUACCACACCAGCUAUACCUGCCCCAUUACGGCGCAGUCAGCACACAUGCAGCAUGCCAGAGACCUGGCAUUUGCCUUGCUUCAGCGACACUACCCUGCGUCUCAGCAGUACCGAGUCGAAGCGUCUGCUCUUGGCCCUCUCACCAAAUACGGCCUGAACUUUGAGCUGAAGACGGAUGGCGAGCCUGAUUCCGACACCGACAUGCCUCGAACCAAGAGGCCGAAGUAUGCCAACAAGAAAGAGAAAGCUGUUCAUUCCGAACCCGCAUGGCACAGCAUUCUGCCCGAGAACAUCGCCGCUUUUGCCGUCAAGAAGGGUACUGUGGAGGUCAACGAAGGUGUAGAGACGCUCGUUUGGCGCGCAUACACUAAUCUCGUCAUACUCCUCGAUGACAUGUCCACGUUCCCUCGCUGGUCUCGAGAGAACCUAAAUCACCGUGGCGAUGCACUCGCCGACUUGCCUGGCAUCAUCGGGGGCAUGCAGAGGGGUCAUGGCAUACUGUUCUUCGGACCACGGCUCGAGAUGUACAGCUAUGAUGCCAACGAUGCGUACAAGCCCGUCAAGCCCUACGCAAACCCCGACUGGCGAAUGGACAUGCGCACCACCAGCCUUGCAGAGGUCGACAUAGUAUUGCGCAGCUUCAUCAGACAAGAGCCAAUCUACAUGGACGGAUAUUAAAGCUUCGCUCGCACAUCCGUAGCGUCCCCCCAACCGAU